CUCAAAUCUUUUGUUAAGAUAUGUUGGCGACAUUGAUUAGAUGUUUUGAAAAUCGAUCGUGUGCAGCAGACGUCAUAGUAAGAAGUGCAAUAUUUUGACAGAUGUGUAAGAAAAUAUAAGUAUUAUGAUUUUUGAGUCAAUGCUUGUAAAUGGCAUGUAUGGAGAACAUUACCUAAAAUAAAAUGAAAAGAACUGUAUUGGUAAUGUGAAAACCACGAAUAUCGGAAUGAAAGAAUUCAUCUUAGAAGAAGUUGAAAAGUCCAUAAAAUUGAUCCAGCGCUGCGCCGUGUGCGCGGCCCUGGACGGUAACGCCUGGCCGGCCCGGCGCCCGUGUCUGCGCCUAGACACGGCGCUGUGUCACGGCCUCAGGGACCCGUCGCGGGGCCUGUGGCCGGUGGCCACCCGCUUGAGCCACCCCGCUGUCCUCCGCCUGGCCCGCUCCCUCGCGACAGUGGAGACGGCCCUGGGGAAAGGCCAGGCGUGGCUGUGCCACACACUGAGCGAGGGCUCGCUCCCGAGCUACGUGCGGUGCCUGAGCGGGGACCGUGGCCUGCUGCACGAGUGCUACCAUGAAGGCGCCCUGCUCAGGGACGCAGCGUGCGUGCAGCGCCUGCUCGCACUCCUGGCCGUGCUGGACCGCGCGCAGUGCGACCUUCACCUGAGCGCCGGCUUGUGGAGCAUGUCUCACAAGCCCCGGGGCGAACAGAGCGGGGGGGUCGCGGAGCUGAGGAUGACCUCCUCCAUCACCUCGUCGCUGGCGUCGCCCGUGGACUCCGGGGUCGCGCUGCUGGACAGCGACGGGGACUGCACGUCCGUGAGCGAGGUCGCCGUCAUCGAGGCAGACUCCCUCAGCCUGCAGGACGACGGAGAGGUUGACUUAUCAUACAGUGAGAUAGAAGACAACAGAAUAAAUCAUCAACUUGUAACACUUGGUACAUGUGAACUGGAUCACUCAAAAAUGUCAAGUGUCAAACAAUCUGCAGACAAUUCAUGCUGUGAUGAAGAUUUCCAGUGCAACCAUGAAUUACUAGGUCCUAGUGCUAACUCUGAAGUUGUGAAUAAUGCAGAAAAUUUUUCUGUCACACAGUUAUCAUCUGAAGACACAUUCCCAUCAAUUAUGACUCAGAGUGACAUACUCAGUGAGAAAGUUGACGAAGUUCUCGACAGAAUGACUCAGAGUUGCAUGUCAUGCAUCGACUCGAAAAACGACAACGAUAACAAGAACUACGCCCUCGCGACCGGGAGUUGCGAUAACAUCGUCUUUCGGAAGCAGCGUCGGAAAAAGCGUUCGGACGCGAAGGUAAAACGAGUCUCAUUCCACGAGGACAUAAUCAGGCGGCAUGACAACAACUCAGCUUCAGAAAUUGUGGCUUCGAAAUCGGUGGAAAGGCGUGGCCAUCGUAAAGAUCGCUACAGUUGGUGUGGGGAAAGUGUGGCGACACAAAACACGCUUUGUGGGAACGCCAAGUCGAACGUUUACGUGUCGUCUUCUCCAGAUCUGCGGUCUUGCUUCGAGAAAAAAUGCAACGAGCAGAACUUGGACAGGAGUAACAGAGUUUCGAGCAGCACGAUCAUUGCCUCGGAAAAGUGCUCGAAAACCUUGCCCGGGGAUCAGAAAGAGGCGCUCUGCGACGAACGAGGGACACCGGAGGGCCAAGAGGACCCUCCCGACGCGUCCUCCAAACACAUCGACCCCAGCGCGGUCGACAACCGGUACGCCUCGCAGACCUCGUCCUUGAAGACCUCGUGCCCGUCGCUCGCGUCGUCCAUGGAUGAAUCCGACCUGGAGAGCAUGCUGUCGGAGCCCGACCACAAGCGUCUCUCCUCCAAGUACCUGGAGUCGCCGCUCGGGAGCGGGGGUUUGUCGAGCUCGCAGCCCGAGCUGCACGGCUUCAGGCCCCGACUGGUCGACUCGGCCCUCGCCUACAAAACGGCCAUCCUGAACAGGUUCAUGAAGUCCGUGGCAGAGAAGAGAACUUGCAAGCAGAAGAAUACCCCCUCGAAAGCUUUCGGGUUGCUGUACGUGAAAGGGCUGAGGAGAAAUCUUGAGAUAGCAAAGCAGAAUCAGGAAGAAAUUGAAGAAGUUCUUCAACAGAGUAAAGUCCUGUCGAAACUUAACAGACAGACUUAUCCUUUGCAUCUGGAGAAAAUUUUUAAAAAUCACAUCUUUAUGAAUACCGAGGAAUGUUUAUAUAAGGUGUUUAAAGUGCGUGGUUCCUACUUCCUGGACGAGAGCAAUGAGCCGUUGUUGGCGGUCUUGUCUGACACGUGUCUCUAUUUAACUGGAAUGAAGAACCACAACCGCUUUUACGUCCAUCGAGUGAUGCCAUACCAGUAUCUGGACGUCGUCAUUGUGGGGCCCAACAUGCAGACCUUGCUGCUGGGGGCGGCGGGGCGCGGGGCCCAGGCGCUGGUGGCGACGGCCAGCGCGGAGGUGACCGGCCAGCUGGUGGGCCACCUGGAGGUGGCGGCCAGGCGGCGAGGGGCCCUGCCCUCGGUGCGAGAGCUGCAGCUGGGCGACAUGCGCUCCCUGCUGCACUGGCUGGGGCAGGACGUGCCGCUCGCCGACGACGAAGAGCUGUGCCACUACAGCCUGGUGCACCUGCAGGACAGACAGCUGAGCCCGCCGUCAACCCCGCUGGGCCCCGCGCGGGAGGGACACCUCAUGUUCCGCCCCGCCACCGCCACCCCGCUGCAGGCCUGGGAGCCGGGCUACUUCAUCCUCAAAGGCGGUGUGGUGUACAUGUUCAGCGACAAAGUGGUGGGCCUCCCCAAGCGAGUGAUCCAGCUGUCGGGGGGCCACUGCCUGGGGUGUCGCCGUAUCCCCGGCGACCCGAGGCCGCACACCUUCGAGAUCAUCGUCGGGCACUGCAAGUCCUUCCAGUUCGCCGCGGCCGACGAGUACGAAGCCUCUGACUGGCUGCAAGCAUUCGUGCAGUCUGCGUCGGGAGUGUACGAGAGCGAGCGGCCGGAGACCGUGCCGUGCAGCCUGCUGCUGACGUCGCAGUACGUGCUGGCGUGCCGCGAGCCGUUCCCUUGCGGCCCGGUGCACGUCCUGGCGUGUGCCGCCGUGAAGGACAUCGUGGCCUUCGGGCUGGCGUCGGACGACCAGAGCUGGUGCAUUCUGGAGUUUGCGUGCCGAGAGGUGCACGAGAGCAGUGGCGACUGGGUGCUGUACUUCGCGUCGAGCGCCGAGAUGCACGGCUUCAGGGACGCCCUGCGACGCGCCUGGCUGCUGGAAGACCAGGGCGAGCUGCCAGUGGACUGCGACGUGGACCCGCGCUUCGCGGAGAAGUGCCGCGCCGCCGGCGAGACACUGGCCGGAGCCUGGGACCCCAUGCUGCAGCCCGCCUAGUGCUGCCGUCGCCCGUGGGCCUUGCGUGUCAAACCAACCUGCUUUCAAGCCAACAAAGACUGAUGCUUUAUACGUGCAGAUAACACAGCGAGAUUUUUUUUUGUAAACUUUUUUUCAUUUUCAACUUGCCGGGAAUUUCAUUUGUAAAAAUCAUGAAAGUGAGAAAAGAGUCCAUUAGAAUUUUAUGACAUGAUGAUGGGUGUGGAUUGGAUAGAAAUAUAUAAUCAAGGUUAUCCAAUUGUAUAUUUAAGUACAUGCGCAUAUGCAUGAAACAUGCUCUCGUCUUCUUCUUUAGGAAGGUCGUUGUGUUCUGGUUAGCUGCUACGUUGCCCCGUGGAUUGCUGGAUAAGGUGGUAAACUCGUCAUUUAUACUGCUGGGUGUGGCAGCAUUGCAGACCAACUGGCGUACUGGACAAGUUUUUGCCUCUUUUGUUUUGCUGUCAUCGUAGUGUUCUUUAAUCCAAAUUGGAGGCUGAUAAUUUGCAACAUUUCAAAUUUUCUAACAUGUUGUUUUUAGUAAUUCCGCAAAAUAUGUUGUGUUUGGGCUGAUUUCCUUGUGUAGUUAUUUUAAAAAUGGUAAAAAAAAUUAUGCUAAUAUUUUGGAAGGAAUAAGUGAUGUCACUUAAUAUUCAUUGAAUUUUAUACGUAUUAAUGUUUGAGUAUGCUCAUUGUGGUAGAACAUUUACUUAAGGAUGAAGUUCAAGUGUUUUAAAACUUAAAAUAUGAACCAGUUAGUUGCAAAGGCUUGUGCUCUGGUUAGGUUUUGAUCGUCGUGAUUGGAGACAUUUUAGAGAAAUGAAAAGGUUUUUGUAAUGUGUCUAACGUUUGGUAAUGCAGAAAAAUAUGUAGUUCCUGUAUGUAUUUGGCAGCUGAGUACAUUGUCUCAGAUAAGGUAGAGUCUGAUACUCAUUUCACAAAGUGUUGAGUGAUGAUGGCAGGUUUAUUAUAUUGUGGGCUGUUCUCAAUUGUUUUAUCUCCGCGAUUACAAUUUGCUAUGCGAGUCUCGAUUUUCAGAGUUACUGAAACCAUAAACAACAAUAAUUGUAAAGUGACCUUUCGAAAUAAUUCUCUAAUCCAUAUUACAGUGAUAUAAUUUGCAAUAAAAAUAAUCCAAAGUGCUACCAAUCAUGUCGUCUGGUUGUAAUAUGUACAAGUGAUAUUUCAGGCACAUGUUUAUUAUUUAAGAAGAAAUUCCUCAACAGAAAUUUAUCUGACCACAUUUUUUGCAACUUAAUUUGUGUCUCAUCAAGUUUGCACAAUUUACCAUGUAAUACAGUUGGUAGCAGUGUGCCAGUCAUACCUAGUGAUCUGGAUAACUUGGCUUUUAUUUAAUAACAUGAAUCUAUAUGUUCUAUAUUUAUACGCACAAGGUGCAACAUUUAUGAUACUAUAUUGUGAGUGCAAUGAUUGGGUGAGUAUAGAAAAUUAAAUACAAAUUAGGUUAGCUCGAGAUAUAUAAUAAUGAGAAUCUGUAAAUACAUAAUAAAUUUAUGACUAGCAUUUGACAUAUAUAAAUAUAUGUAUAAACUGUAUACUGUACAAAAUUAUUAAUAUAAAUGCAUAAUUGAAUUAAGUGUUGAUAACAUUGUUGUUAAUGAUAAAUGAAAUGACAAAUGAAGGCUGAGAAUGCAGCUGUAGUUGUGACAAAAACAUUGUCGCUCUUAAUAUCAAUUUAUUUGCUAGUGUGAAUGCUUUUAAUAUACAUAGCCAGGUAUGUUAGUGCUGUAGUAUGUCCUUUAAACUACUUUAAGCUGCACCAGGGUUGUACUGUAAUGCUUUUAAUUGCCAAGCAUUUUCAACUUAUUUUUAACAUUGUAGCGCAUGUAUGUAGCAUGAAUAGUGGAAUCACUCUCAUUGUAAAAUCUGAGUUUGUUGUUUGCAAAAACACAUAACUAUUUGCCAUGCUAGAGUGUAUGGACACUAGACCUAUGCGAAUAUUUGAAUUUUUGAAUAGAAUAAUAAACUAUUCGUAUUCGAUUUGACCUCGAAUACCAACACUUCGACAUAACGAAUAUUCGUUUGCGUAUGAAUACUUGACAUAGCAUACCUCGUGAGUGUGUCAUAUACCAACGUUCAUUGCUAUUUAGUCAUUUGUGUGAUAUGAAUACCCUUUUUUUAUGUUGAAUAGAACUUCAUAAUCAAAAACAUGAAAAGUAAUCAAUGUUUUAAACAUGCAAUAAGUAUUCAUUCUUGCUACUGUCUUGCUAAACAGUACUAAAAAAAAUCAUGUAAACAAUUCAAAACACUGCAUAUUUGUCAUUUAAAACGUAAAAACCAAAUAUUAUUUGUAUUCUUUUUGUCACAUGCACCAGAAGUGGAAAAAUUUUUUUAAAAAAUCAACAAUGGACGAUAAUACCACAAAACACGGACACACUAUUGAGAUGGGCAUAAAAAAAGUAAACACAGUUUAGCAGCAUAUAAAUCGAUAAUCACAGUCGAACUAACACCAUGUGAUACAGUAGCAGCUUACUUGAUGUAAAUAUCUGUGACGAAACAAACAUUGCUACUCACAAAUAUAUAAAAAUACGUAAAUAAUGGUUUGAGAUUCCAGAUGAAAUUAUCAAAAAUUGUUUUUAUAAUAUUUCUGAAAUAAAAAAAAACUAUUUAUUUGGCUGCUGGUGACAGCAAAACUCUCAAAUAACAAAGUUUUAAAUAUUUAAAUAUGAGCUCGUUCAAUCAACUAGUUUGGGAAUACAGCACUUGAAAAAUAAAAAAUAAAAUUUUUUGUAAAAUAGAUUACAACGGAUUUCACUAUAUUUUGCAGUUCGCGAAAAUUUUAUGGAUCAAUAUAUAGAGUAGCAGGUUCUGGAAAAUAUGGCGAAUAGGAACUAAAAUGAAAAGUUGUUUGGUUGGGUUAAGUUAGGUUAAGUUAUGUUAGCUGCAUGAUUUAAAAGGAACAGUUUCAUAUUUUAAAUAUUCUAACAUUUUCUUUAUAAUUAUUGCAGCAGACUUAACUCUAACCAAACUUUCACUUUAGUAUUAUUUGUCCAAUGUUCAGGAAGUUGUUACAUGACAUGAAAAAAAUUUUUUUAUUGGGAUUCAAAUUUUCAAUCUUGCUAUUCAAGUUCAAUGUUCGUAUUCGUGAAUAAUUCAAUAUUCGUAUUCAGUUCAAACUAAAAAAACUGGUAUUCACUCAGGCCUAGUCAACACACAGCCAGCAUCCUGUUCCGACCACUCUUUCUGUGUUGCGAGUCAUGCUUAGUCACAGCACACCACUCUCUGACACCUCGAUCACAUGGCACACAUUGAUUUGUGUGUUGAGUAAAUAAUCUCGACCUGCUAGCUGCAAGGAACAUCUUUGCUUCUGGCGACUGUAUUCUUUGUGAUGUGGAACCUCACUUAGAAGUAUUUUUUUUUCCCAAUACUCUACAAGAAAUUUAAUAUUUGAUAACAGUUCAAUAUGUUCAUUAACAAGUACCAAAAAAAUGUAGGUUUUUCAAGUGUGUUCCAGUAAAAUUACUCUGUAUGCCAUAUAAUUGUUUGGGCAUUAUGUUUACCCCCACCUCUUUUUUGUUCCAAAAUAACGUGAUAUGUGCAAUGUCCUUGAGUAUAUCCAAGGUCGGAGUGAAUCCAAUCCCAUCUCUGUCUCUGGCCAACUCACAAUACAGUAGAACCCUGUUAUAAUGUUUUCCUGCUUAUAACUUCAUAUUUUUUAAGUCCAGUCCCAUAAGUACAAUGUAUUCACAUCCUAUGUAUAACAUUUUUCAAAAUUAUGUAUUUGCUGCUUAUAAGGUUUACUUUCUGCUCAUAAAAUUCAAUAAAUGCAAAAAAAAAAAACUUAAUUAUUCCAAAACCCAUCACAACUGUGAAGUUAUAUUUUACACUUUACAUACUUUUUGUUUACAGUCACUGUUAUACCAUAAUUAGGAUUGUAUUUAAUGGUAGCACAUGCUAAUGCAAUAUAUUUGCUAUGUCAAAGGUACAUGUGUUCACAGUUACGUAUCUGUUACCGCCUUCCUCUUAAAACAAAACAAAUUGUUUUGUUCCUUGCAGUUCUGGUGUGUUUUCAGAUGUACGUCUGUAGUUCUACAAUAGUAUUUUAGUUUGCCAACCAUUUGGAGUUGGCACAGAAAAAUUAAUUACCUAUGUUCUAGUGCAGAGAGAAUUUAAUUUAUUUCAAUCAUAGAUAGGAAUCUACAAGAAGUACAUGUUCAAGUGACGAAGGAAUUGGACAUAGACAUUUCCACUCGAAGUGCCAUUGUCGCGAUACGCGAGACAAUUUUACAGAAAUGUGGCAGUGUUGAAGAAAAAUUGUUGGCUUGGUUUAAGCAAAUUUGAGUAUUAGUGGUUUUAACAUGCAAUUUGUUCACAUAGCUAGAUGAGUCCAUUGUUGAAAAUUUUAAACACUGACAGUGGUAGUUUGAUAUUUCAUGCAUAAACUGUUUUCUUGCUUAUGUUUUUUUUUUCUUUUGCCCCCGUGAGAAACAUUAUAACAGGGUUGUACUGUAUGUGCAAGUAAAAGCAUGCAGACCAGCCAUCACUCGACAGUAGGUUGCAUGCAUGAUCACUCACCAUUGUAUUGUGUCAGCAAGGAAACUGAAGGACUGGUCACAAAGCCAUGGAAAGUCUCUAAAUAAACAGCAAUGGUACUGGAAGUCAAACCUAAAUUGCUUGAAGUCUUUUGCUAAUUUGCAGGGUUUUUUUUCCUUCUUUUUUUUUUUUUUUUUUUUUUUUUUGUCACCUCAAAUCAAUUUUAGUAUACACAUAUAUAUUGGCAGAUUGUUGAAAACGCCCGUUCCCAGUAUCUUAUCAGCUGUGGCAUCAGUUUAUGGUGGGUCAGAAAUCACUCCUUUAUAGACUCGUGCAUGCCAUUUGCUGCGAAUGUUUCAUUAAGGCUGAUUGAUAUUCAUCCUCUUGUUAUUCAAUAUCAGUUUGAGGGGAAAAUAAAGUGUUACACGAUAAAAAUAUUUCUGAUUGGUUCACUCUGAGCUUUACCAAUAUACUGAAAUAGUUUAUAGGUAUUAAACAUUGUGCGCCUACUCAAGGUACGCACAGUAUGUUAGCAAACUUGGAUUGCUACGGUGCAAUAAUAUACAAAGAUUUUUGUGUGUACUAUGCUUGCAUGAAAUUAAUUUGUGAUAAGAGAUAUUAACAGUUGUUAAUUAUUAUUGUAUAAAUUUUAGUAGUUUAUUUCUUGUGCAAUGUUCCAAUGUAGUUUGGCUGUGAGAAGCAUUUUAGUAACUAAAAAAUACUGCUGUUUUAUAAAUUUCUACUGUAACUUAUGUUGUAUAUUUUUUAACAGUGUAAUAUUUUUAUGUGAUUGUUGUUUUAAUGCCAUGAUUUUUUGUGUGCACUUCAUUUUAUUAUUGAACAUUUAUUUUGUAGUUAAAAAUGAUAUUACAUAUUUUCUAUUGUUAAUGUACUAUGUAUUUUUCAUUAAUCAUUUAAGAUUUGAAACUUGAAGUACUAUGUAUCUUGAAAAUUAAUUUUCUGCUUGAAUUGUGUUUACAGUGCAAAAAAAAAAUUCUAGCUAUGUAUUUACAAUUGAUUAAUUUUCUUAGAGAUAAUUUCCCAUUCUGUUACUUUGGAUGAUUGUUGAUUCUAGCUGAUAAUAUGGGAGAGAUUUCUGUGUAGCCAUCUGCAAAUCAAAUAUUUACAGUGUGUAUGGAUUGUUAAUGCACUUAGAAGAUUUUCUCCUAUAUUUCCUAAAUUAAAAAAAAAAAAAAUGGUAGGUUCAUCUCUGACAGUAUUUUCACAGACUUCCAACACGUUUGUUUUUUCAUUUAUAUCCACAAGUGUUAUCUUUCUUAUAGUGUUUAUAUCUUGUUUACCUUGUGUCUUGCUAAUGCUUUUUACAUGUAUCAAGGAAAGGAUUUGAUCUGUUUGGGAUGAACAUUAAAAGUGGCAGUUUUGAUACUGGACAAAUAAAAUUUAAUUUGAACUUUUAAAUUUUAGUCAUAAUAAUUGAAGUAGGUAAUAUCAAAGAAAAAAUAAAGGUAUAGAAUUUAAAAAAAAAAAAUUACCUACCAUCUGCAUUGUUAAAUCCAUUCUGUUUUAUAGUAAAACCUUAAAUUAUUAUCUACGACUUUCGUCUGAAAUAAUUUUUUUUAUAUACCAACCAUUACUGCAAAGGGGAGAAUAAACAAGGGUUGUAGGACAAAAAAAAAACCAUAACUCCCUUCGUAGGCACAUCGAAUUCGUACACAUUAUGUAUUAUUCUUAUAAUUUUUAGAUAAAGCUUUUUCCUUAAACAAUUUUUGAUUCGGCAAACAAUUGCUGCAAGGGGUUGAGAAAAAUUAGAGGUAGAAUCUUAACAAAAAUUCAUAACUCCCUUAGUAGGUUCACUAUCAAAUCCGUUCAAAUUGUUUGUAAAUCUUAUAAUUUUUUACCUAGAACUUUUAUCUGAAACAAUUUUUGAUAAAACAAACAAUUACUGCAAGGAGUGGAAAUAACAAGAGUAAAAUGAAAAAAAAUGUACUGUGCUGAAGUUAGCUCUAUCUGGCCACCCGGGUGUGACAUAACCCUGAGCACUUAGGAUAACAACAUUCUAAGUAGGGUAAUUAUACAACCAAAGCAAGGUCCAUUCUGGUUUUUAGUUUAUUUUAAAAAACUUUAUUUUAAUUUAGUUAUAGUGGUAAAAAAAUUGUUCCAUGAUCAUGGCCCGGGGAACGCGACAAGCAUUGGAGACAUCACUGUGACGACGACGCUAGAGUGGCCGAGUGGCGGACGGAGGCGUCUACCGCUUGAUACGGCCGUGUGUGCAUACGUGGCCUAGCGGUGGUGCAUGUGAACAUUCAAUGACGCAAGAGGAAGUAAAAGGGAAAAAGCUACGUUAAUUAGAAACUGGCUCACGUCAUUACUUAACUAUCAACUUUUGUGUUAAAUAUGCUUUUUUUAAAUCUGUUUAUACAUCAAUAAGCACAAAUUGUCAUUUCUGUGAAUCUCUUCUAAUUAUUCCGUACGAGUCAUUAAACAAUUGCAAACCGACUUCAUAAUCUACACUAGACAACCAAUAUCUAACCUGUCUUCUUUAUUCUAAAGAUUUUGUGGCAUGCUUGCCAUUAACCUCCUCCAUCAACUUUGACUUGUUUCUCUCAAUCACUUUCUAAACUGAAAACAAUAUGGUGGUAAAUCAACGUACGAAUAACAAAUAUAUACUCAAGAUUGGUGUCAUGGUGUGGUGGGUUACAAUCCAGGAUAAGCCAGCACACACCAGACACCCACCUGGGAACGGCCUCCAAAAUAAUUUAAAAAUUACAAUUUUUUAUUUUAUUCUACCCAAUUUUGGAGUGUGAAUUUUCAUGCUGUUCCUUAAAUCAGGUACCCCGUAAAGAAGAGGAAACAAACAAAAAUACACUAAAUUCAAGGUAAGACCCAAAUGCAAUCACCUUAUUAGAAUAAAUUACACAACUAGAAAAGAUGUUCAAAACUUUAUUCAAAAUUAACUGAGUAUGAAGAUGGUUCCUAUAGACCAUGUUCCUGUGCAUCAGCCCGAAUUCAAUAAGAGCUACAAAAUAUUUGCUAAUACUGUACUUUUUUUUUUUAUAUAUGUACCACACAAUUACCACAAAUAUCUUUAUACAAUUCAGCCUGGUUAUCAUACAUAAGCAAUUUAAAUAGCUGCAAAUGGAAAAUACUAAAAAAGAACUACACAAAUAUUAAAUUGACCCAUACAAUAAUUUUUAAAUGAUUCGCUCCGAGUUGAGCUGGCAGCCCGACGUAAUGAUUGGCUUAUUUUUAAGAUCGCUGGUUUCAGAGUCUAUUAAUAGUUCAUGUGCUGUAGUACCACAUAUUAUUCUUUUUGGGGGUAUGUUUUCUUCUUUAACUUAAAGUAGUUCUACUGGCCAUAACCUUUACUUUCGAUAUUGUUUAAGUCAAAGUUUUCUGGCGGUCCCUUCGCUCGACCAAUUAAUAUGAAGUCGCAACACUCGUACAGUCAAACUGGGAUGCCAGGUAACGUAGCAGCUGAUUCCGUAAGGGCUUAGUGGACGGCGCUGAUGACUUCGCUGCAAACCACCACGUCCACCGAGCAGCUCCACGGGGUCCACCGGGAUCCAAACUUUACUAACCCGGACCCCUCCAAAAUACACUUAGUUUUAGUCAUGGAGGUAAGAAGUUAGGGUAAUCUUCGCUGUGUUAACAGUUCAAGUCAAAACAAAAAACGACCACGCCCCCUUAUGCGAGCAAAACAUCACUGGUUGCAAUGCAUUUAAAUGCAGAAUACUGUAUUUUGUUAAUCCGAUAUUAGCUACCAACGACGUAUAUGUGCAAGUUUAUCUUGUUAAGUGUAUGAAAUGAAAUAUAAUGUUGUCUUACAAGACUGUAACAUGUGAUUUUAGGCAAUGUAACAUGUGAUAAGGCAAUAAAUACCGAUAUAUGUAAUGACUAAAUGGGUUAUAAAAUUAAUUUAUUGCAACAGCAUUCAGGUAGGGUGCAUUGGUGUUAUUUAGGCAAUAUGUUGUGUCAAUAACAUUAUACCCCUCUUCUUUACAUUAGGCCUAUUUGUGUUUUAAGAAGGUUUUCUUUCGUCAUUUCAUUUAUCGGACUAUUACAAUGUUAAAGAUAUCAGCUUAUUACCUACAUGUUACUGUAAACGAAAUGAACAUAUUAACUGACAUUUAAAUUCUCGUCAUAAUUAUUAGGCCUAUGUGUAUGGAUGGAUUAGCUGUCACAAACCCACUCGCCUAUAUUAACAUGUAAAUGCUACAACUUUUGCAUUAUAUUGACGCUACUCCCGCUGCCUGUUUAUGUUUUAAAAUUAAAUAUGAAUGCUUGAAAAGAUCUCAGGGAUUUUAAUGGGGGUUCGGCCUCGUGGCUAUAGGCAGGGGUGCGCCGUGGAUCCGUAUUCACCUGGGCUGUUCAGGCCACCCAGGACGCCUUGAAAAUGAUUAAUAAACGGAUUACAAAACACUGCACUUUAUUCAACGUUGAUACACUGAUUGGUCCCGUUACUGGCCGCGUCCGUUGUCGAACCGCUGUGACACACGUAUAAACACGGGCGAACAAUACGCGCGACCAGGGUAGAUUGCAAAGUGAAAUCAACGGGUUGAAGCGGUGGCUACGUGUCCCUGAGUAAGAUUCAGUACACAGUCACGGAAUUGUGGUUGCAACAAAUUAUGUAGAAAAGUAAACGAAUAGCGGAAACCCUGUGAUCAGGGUGGUUUGCAGUCUAGCCUGCGACGAAAAACUAAA